UCAAACGACAGUAGUGCUUGUAAGUAAAACGUUAACGUGUCUUAUUCAUUUGGUUAUUUAUGACCAUUUUAUUUAAAUAUAAUUUGAUUGCGAAAAGUUAAAAAUUAUUGAAUUAAAUUUCACUGGAAUAUUAAAUAAAGAACGGUAUGCCUCUGUAAGAUAUCGAAACGGUGAAUAAUUUUCUACAAUAUCAAACACACACCUGCAUAGUUACCAAAAAGAGUAACAAAGUCUGCGUGUUAACAAAACUGCGCUAUGUGUGUGGAAUAGUGGGUAUAGUGAGAGUGCGUUGCGUGUGAAUACAUAUCUAUAUGAAUUGGUAUGUGUGAAUUGACGUUAUAAACAUAUGGAAAUAAAGUUGUGUUACCAGUGAAUAUACAUAGUCAACCCUUUUCAUGGAACGUUGUAACUUUUGGUUCAUCGCGUUGGCCAAUACAUCGUGGCGACGUCGAUGCUGCUGUUAGCAAGAAUCAAACAAGUGGGACUCAGUGCAUUACUAACAGCGCUGCCCAAGCGAUCGCAGUUGUGAAUUUGAAUGUGUCACGGUUUGUGUAUGUGAAUGUGCUUUUGUAAUGUAUUUCGUAAUGUUAAAAACAACUUAAAGAAAACGCUGUCAACAAACGCGAUUUUAACGCUAUUUUGGGCGUUGCCGCAAAUGCUUACGGUGCUCCGGUUCUACAAUUUCGCUUAAAAACAGAGAUAUUUAGUUACGAUUAGAACUUAUCCUUUUCCAUUCACUCGAAAUACUAGUUAUUUAUAAAGCUAUCAGUCUGAUUGUAAUAAACGACAAAAGGCGUCAGACAUUUUCAAAAUAUAUAAUAUGUUUACUAAAAAUAAAAGGACACAUAUAUAUACCAAAAAACGAUUGUGUAGAAAUCACCACAUAUUCGACAAUGAAGCCCAAAAAACUGUCGCUCAGCUGUCUAAAAGUACAAAAGCCAUUCGAAUACAAAAUUUUAAAUAUCGUGAUAAACUGAAGAUUACUACAAUGUUAGUCAUAGCUUUCUAUUUAGUCUUAAGCAACGUUUGCGGCAUCAAAGCGCAAACUCGCGAUCCCCGGUUCUUUUCACGACCCGGCGUCAAUGACUAUAAUUGGCCGAAUCCAGGUGAUCCAGAUUACAGAACAUACAUAUUUAAUGAUCGCCGGUAUGGACAUUACUUACCUAACGGUUACGGUACGAACUAUCCUGGUAGAAAUUCGCCUGGGCAAUAUCCGCAGGGCAUGCCCAACGAAAAUCGAUUUCGAUUUGAUCCGAAUAAUCCGAAUGCAGCGCAUACGCCCUUCCCUGGCAUUUUGGCCGGCUGGCGUGAAGAUUUACAGGGCAAACAACGACGUGACUCGCUGACAUUAGAUCGUGAUGUAUUUGUCACGACCAAUUAUGGCCAAGUGCAGGGCUUCAAAGUCUAUAUGUAUGACAACCCUGAUCCCAAAUCAUUCUACAGGCCAUACCAUUCAACUGUCGAUCGGGUGAUGGGCGAAUGCUCGGUUUUCUUGGGCAUUCCUUACGCCUUGCCACCCACGUUCGAAGGACGUUUUAAGCCACCCCGUUUGCACCGUGGAUGGCAGUUGUUACAAGCUGUUGACUAUGGACCUGCCUGCCCACAACCGGUACGGUACACUGGCGCUACCAAGGGUAUUAUGGAUAUGGAUGAAGACUGCCUUUACUUGAAUAUUUUUUCCCCAAAGACUGGUGCUGGCGUCGCUCAAAAAUAUCCCGUUAUGGUGUAUAUUCAUGGAGGAGAAUUCGUGCAUGGCGCUUCGAAUCACUUCCAAGGUCAUAUUCUCGCCUCCUUCUAUGAUGUGGUUGUUGUGACUAUAAAUUAUAGGCUGGGUGCGCUUGGCUUUUUAUCCACCGCUGAUGAAAACUCGCCUGGCAACUAUGGCAUAUUAGAUCAAGUUAUGGCGCUGAAAUGGAUAUAUGACAAUGUUGAAUUCUUCAAUGGUGAUCGUGAUUCGAUUACAUUGUUUGGACCUGGUGCAGGAGCAGCCUCAGCUGGACUGUUAAUGGUUGCACCGCAAACUAAGAACAUUGUGAAAAGAGUUAUUGCCCAAUCAGGUGCAGCCAUGGCCGACUGGGCGCUAAUUCAAGAUAAAUAUCGUGCACAGAAUACCAGCCGUGUAUUGGGGCAACUACUAGGCUGUUCCAUCGAAUCAUCUUGGAAAUUAGUAAACUGUCUACGCACUGGACGCAGCUUCUAUGAGCUAGGCAAUGCGGAGUUUCCCCCCCAAGUGGGCACUUUUGCCUGGGGCCCAGUUUUGGAUCACAAUUUCACGCUCCCUGGUGAUGAUUGGUAUGAAGGUUGGCGAGAAAAAGACUGGCGGUUCCUUACACAAACGCCAGAAAACCUCAUACGUCAGGGUCACUUUAAUCGUGGUAUACAAUACAUGGCAGGAGUGACGACUCAAGAGGCGGCCUUUUUUGUAGCACAAAAUGAAUCGUUAGCACCUUAUUACGAAAUCGAUGAGAAUUUUUUUGAUCAAAAAAUCCGCGAACAUGUCUUUCGCUACAAUUACACACUGAAUCCAAAUGGCGUCUAUGAAGCCAUCAAAUACAUGUAUACCUAUUGGCCAGAUCCCAACAAUAAUUCCAUAAUACGUGAUCAAUACAUUAAUAUGCUUUCCGAUUUGUACUACCGAGCUCCGGUUGACAAAAUGGUAAAACUACUGUUGGAACAGCGAAUACCAGUAUAUAUGUAUGUUCUAAAUACCACUGUGGAGGCUUUAAACUAUCCACAAUGGCGCAAAUAUCCACAUGAUAUAGAACACUAUUUUCUUACCGGCGCACCUUUCAUGGAUAUUGAGUUUUUUCCGAAAAGGGAUCAUUUACAGCGGAAUGUGUGGACCGACAACGAUCGCAACAUGAGUCAUUUUUUCAUGCAAACCUAUUCAAAUUUCGCUAGAUAUGGCAAUCCAACGCCUCAACAAGUCUUAGGUUUACAUUUCCAACGUGCCUACCAAGGUGAACUCCGAUAUUUGAAUAUUAAUACCACUUUCAACUCAUCAAUUAUGCUGAAUUAUCGCCAAACCGAAUGUGCAUUUUGGACACAAUAUUUGCCAACAGUAAUCGGAGUGUUGGUGCCUACUUAUCCGCCCACAACAGAAUUUUGGUGGGAGCCGAAAGAGCCUUUGCAAAUUGCUUUUUGGACUAUGUCCGUAGCAUGCUUCUUCCUCAUCGUUUUAGUGGUGAUCUGUUGUAUUAUGUGGCGCAAUGCCAAAAGGCGAUCCGAUUUUUAUGAUGACGAUGUUUUUAUAAAUCCUGACGGUACAGAACCGCCUGAUGACGGGCAAAGCGGUGUAGACAAUGCACACAUGGUAGCCAAUCAUCAUGCGUUACGGUCCCGCGAUAAUAUUUACGAAUAUCGAGACUCCCCGUCAUCCAAGACGCUUGCGAGUAAAAUUCAUACCGAUACAACAUCUGUUCGAUCUCCCAGCUCGUUGACCAUGACACAUAAAUCGGGAAGCCAAUCGUCAUUAAAAUCGGCGAUUUCUUUAAAGGAAACAAACGGAGGCACAUUGGCCAGUAACUUGAGCAAUACUCGCCCGACUCGUCCGGUUGCUCUAAAUAAUGGUGUUAUCUCCAUCACACAACAACCAAACAAAAUCGAAGAAAAAAGGUUAUUAACACAUGAGGGAGCCACACCUACACCAAUAUCGAGUACUCCUUUAAUAACAGCGACAACUGCCACGAUUUCAGCCGCCUCAGAGUCUGCAAGUUAUAAGCCUAAAUCUACUGUUAACAUAGCCUCCACAAGCACAGCACCCAGUAGUGCCGGCACUGUGAGCAGUCGCAGCACAACGCCUGUGCCCAGCGCACGUACUCUCACCACAACAACUACAUUAACAACGGCACCGCAGUUGCAACGCUUAGGACAAACGACGACAUCUGCUCAAUCGCAGACAAAGCCUCAAGCCCGAACACAAGUUAUUGAAGGUGUGCCACAAACAUCUGUUUAGGAGAUAUACCACUAGGUGGGGGCGACGGUCAGUUGUUAUUGAGAAAGCUAUUGUAACAAUCAGUUAGAGAGUGAUAUAAAAUGGUUUGAUAUUUCUAUGUGUAUUAUAUGCAAACAUUUCUCGAUAAAAUAUGACAUUUGAUUAAGAUUUGUUUUAAUGGAACACUAAAAAAAUUAAAAAGCCCAGAAGCUUUCCAUAAUUUUAGUACUAAAUAAGUCAUAAAAUCAUUUAGUUCUUCUGAUAACAUAUACAUAUAUUCAUACAUAUAUAACCUGCUUUAUGACAAUUUUUGUAUAAAAUGUGUUUAAACAAAUUAUUUGCCACCUACAUAUUUACUAUCACUCGGCGUAUUUAUAUUUAGUUAUGCGGUAGGAGUGUUUUCCUUCACCAUCUUGCAUUUGGUACUAUUUAGAAUCUAAGCAACGAAUCUAUCGUUUUUGUGUAUUAGAAUUAGCAUUAGAAUAUUUUCACUGUCAGCCUAGCUCACGGCAAACUAUGCACAUGCAUAUAUCCGAACAACGACAUUACAGCUAUAUAUGUAUACUUAAUUUUCUGAACAAAACCUUAAUACCUUUGUUUUUGCUUUCAAGUGUAUUUGAUAAAUAACUGAUGUAUAGUGAUAUAGAUUUCUAAUAGCUGUUUAUAUAUAACUAAUUUUCUAAUCUAAUUUAUGUGUAGUAAUUAAUGUUAUAAUUCCAACAUAAUUGAUUAUUCUUUCAUGGCAGCAUAUUAAAAUUUCUAUCUGUAUUUAACAUCUAUAUGGCAUUAUAAAGUUACAAAUUUUUACUAAAAACAAGAAAAAACGCGAACUUCCUUUGCACCUUUACAAAUACAAAUAAUAGAAGAUAUAUAAUAAAAGUUUUCCAUACAAGCACUUGACUCCGACCGUUCAGUUUCUAUAGUAGCAAUAGUGGUCCGAUAAACGUGUACCGUGAAAAAAUGGAACGUCUGAAGUAAGCAAUCGGCAAUUGUUUUUCAUCAGGACAACGCAAGCUUAUAAUUCUUAUGAAUCCAUCUUAUAGUGCUGUUGGGAUUCUAACUGAAAUUCCAGUUCUUUGCCAAUAGGGUCGAGGGUUUCUAGGGGAGCCUUCUAAAUGGCAAAACGUUGCAUAUUUCACCUAGUUUCGAUCAUUCUACCUAUGCUUAAUAAAACCUUUAAUUUAAUUAAAAAAUAAUAGAUAACUUUUUAUAAGACCUUAUAUAAAGCAACUUUUUAUUUUUGAAUUUUUAUAAAUAAUAUACAUAUUUUCAUAAAUAACAACUUUUUCCAUUGAGAUAAAGUUCUUAUUAAAUCUAUAUGAAAUAUUAAAAUUAAACUUGGUUUAUAAAUCUGUUAAUACGAGCUAUGGGCAAAAAUAUAAAUUGACGUCAAACACUACAUACACAUGUGUAAAUAGAAAUAUUAUUUUUAAUAUAAGCAAACUUCCAAUAUUAAUACUACCACAUAUUAAUUAAUAAAGGUAAUUUUAUCGGGCUUGCGAUAAAAAUUUUAUUAUUUUUCUCGAGAGAAUAUUUCGAUCUUGUAACAAUUUUUUUCUCAUAAUGUAUGUUCUAAAUUAUUUACAUUAAGAAAUAUACCAGAGUACUAGUAUAAAUAUAAUUAAUUUUAAGUGGUUUAUCUACGAGCUUGUAGUGAUCAACACCAUCAGUGUAAUCCGUCCAAUAUACCAUAAGCGAAUAAGUGCCUCAGUUUACAUGCAAGUUUCUUUCUACUUGUUUUUGUUUGUGUAAAUAUGCGACAGAACUUUAAUGCAUAACUUAUUACGAAGCGUUAUUCCUAAAAAUGUAUAUGUUUUAUUUUUAAGAUGUAUGUAUGUACUCAGUUCGUAUGUUUUUUGUCAUUUAGACAAUGUUUUUACAAUAUUUUAUAUGUUUAAUAAAUUGUAAUUGUAUUUGUAUGCGUCUAACUUGUGCUGUCUUCUUUUAUACAUAUGUCCAUCUAUACAUAAGUAUUUCUGUAUACACUAAGUACAUAGUACAUAAAUAUACACUUGUGCUCAUAUAAUUUAGUCACGGCAAGUUUAUCCAAGCAACUUUUUAGUACCGAAAUGAAACUUAAUUUUACACGAAAUGGAAGAAAUUUUAAUUCAGUUAAAAACAGAGUAAUAGUUCUACAUAGUACAAAAUUUUUUUUCACGUAUCCACUAAAACUGUCUGAUUAAUUUGGAACAUAUUAUAAGAACUUUUACUGAUAGUGUGGGUGAAAUCGGAAGAUAACUCCGCUCACCACCAUAUAACAGAACGGUUAAAAACUAGUAAAAGCGCGAUAAAUCAAUAACUGAGUAUGCCAGAGAUGGAAAGAGAAGGCUUUACGGGAACCGGGGUAAAAGAUUUUCGAACUUCCGGGAGACUUUAAGCUGCAUAUAUCGGCCAAUAUUUAAGUUAUCUCUAUGAAAAUACAAGCGUACUCAUAACAGUGUUUCUUUGUGCCUUAAAUAAAUAAAAUUGGGCGAAGACUUGACCUAA